AAUGCGGCACUAAAAUCUCGCAGAAUGGCCUUCGAAGACGUUAAGGAAAUAUUUCGCACGCAUUGGACAAUCUGGAAAUGGAUGGGUCAGGUGACCCACCCGAAAUAUACAAAAUUGUACAAGGCCUAUUCGAUACUAGUGAACGUCGUUUUCUCACUCGGUUAUCCAGUGCAUCUGGUGAUUGGCCUGUCGCAAGAGAAGACCAUACAAGGAUCUCUACUGAAUCUCACCAUCUCCUUGCCAUCCGUUAUUUGUGUGCUGAAGUUUUACAAUACUUGGCGAAACUUUGACAAAGUGCGUCAUCUGGAGCAAAUGUACAAUACACUUUACGCACGCUUAGAUCAUCCCGAAGAUUUGGCUUAUUACCGCAAAGUCACCGCCCCCAACGCAAUCAGAGUUGUGAGCGCGUUCAAGGUAAUUUGUGUGGGCAUGGCAGUCACGGCGGAGUUGACGCAGCUAUAUGUGGGCUUCGUUUACGGGUGGCGCCUAAUGUAUCCGGGAUAUUUUCCAUUCGAUCCGCACGGCAGUACCGCCGGCUAUGUGACGGCACAUAUAUUUCAGUUUAUUGGCCUCCUGACGCAAAUAAGUCAAAAUCUGAUGAGCGACACUUACGGUGCCGUGUGCCUAGCUUUGUUGGCGGGCCACACUCAUUUGCUUGGCCAGCGCUUGGCACGCAUCGGCUAUGACAAGGAUAAAACGCGAGAGCAGCAUAACCAGGAUUUCGUGGACUUCAUUGUGGAUCAUAAUAUGCUAUUGAACUGUCAACGCACGCUGGUCGACAUAAUCGGCAUGGGCUUGUUUGCUCUGAUAAUCUCCACCAGUCUACUUUUGGCCAUUGUGAUAAUCUACCCGAUGUUCUUUGUUGACAAUGCUCUGGAGUACGCCUAUUACGUUUUUUUUAUGUUCGGCGCGCUAAUGGAGGUGUUCCCCACCUGUUACUAUGCCACUCACUUCGAGUAUGAGUUCGAAGGCUUGACCUAUAAGAUCUUCUCCUGCAACUGGGUGGACCAGAAUCGAUCGUUCAAGAAGAAUUUGAUUGUGUGCUUGGAGCAGUCGUUGAAGGCGCGUUAUGUCUUCGUCGGCGGCAUGUUUCGCAUUAAUAUGCAAAUAUUUAUCGCCAUUUGCAAGGGCGCUUACUCCGUCUUUACGCUCGCUUUGAAUUAUAAAUAAUUGUGCAACGCAAUCGAAAUUGCGAAAAUGGAAAAAAGUAGAAAGUAGAAUGUAGAAAUCAGAAAUUAUAUCAGAAUUAUAGAUAUUA